AUGUCUGACCCUGGCCCAGCUCCGGAUCCCGCUCCGGGUCCUUCUGUUCCACCCGCGCCUGACGUGACCGCGAUGAAUCCUGAGCGGGUUCGGAUGCUCACUGAGGCUCCUCGAGAGAAGUCUCCCAAGCCAGCCCUUUUCGUCAAAAGAGAGGAGUCUUUGGCUCCUUUCAGGAUCACAGGUGCUAAUGGAGAUGCCUUGGGUGACUGGUCUAACCGUUCCUCCCGGGGCUCUCAGAAACCUGACGGAGGCUCCUUCAAGCGGUCCAUCAGCGAGCUCAUGAUGGAGGCCAAGGAGAAACGUGACAAGAAGCCAAAAAUCACUCCCGCGAAGAAGUACUACACCGAUGUACAGCCCCUUGGUCAUGCUCCUCUGCCAGACGACUCCACCCACUACCUCACUUCACUCUUGCGAAACCGGAACUUGAACCUCUGCUUGCAGGCCGCUCCGAGCAAGAAGAAUGAUGCGCCUGGCAAGCCCAAGACAUAUACCUUUCUCAUCUCCAAUGCUGGAAUGGUCCAGCAUGAGAGACUGUCCAUGCUGGGCCAUACUCGAGCUCUCCCUCUGUCCCUUCAUGAUCAGGACAUCUCUUCUUCAGAAGGCGCCAUUACUCGCACCGUGAUUGGCGAGUUGCUUGAGGAUGUUUGGCCUAGACUGACAAAGAGUGACAAGUAUAUGUACGCCAGGCAACUCCGCAACCUCCUCAACAAGAUGCGAAGUGAGAGCAAGCAGGGACAAGGUUUUCCCCUAGGAUCUAUCGAGGCAGGAAAGUACACCUUGCUUCAAGAUAAGCAUCCUGACCAUACCUACUACGCAAUUCGUCCAAGCCCCAACCAGAAGCAGUUCAUGGCACUUCUCAUGUCAACUUUGUAUGAGUCGGUGCCCAAGGCUGUGUCCAAGGCCUUGAUCUCUCAGUUUCGUACUGAUUAUUCUUCGGUGCUCACCCAUGGGGCCUUGUGCCCAAAGAACAUUGUUGUCUCUAACAACAUUAUCAGCUGGAUCCUUGGUUGGGACUGUGCAGGACAGUAUCCAGUUUGGUGGGAGUACGCACGGUUCUUUGAGGCGAGAACUAGCGAGGCGAACAGUGACUGGUACAGUUACGCAGCUGAGAUCUUUGAAGAGGAGUUCCCGGCUGAGUUGGCGGCCUACCAGGGAAUUGCGAGAUGUCAGCAGCCUUGA